AUGAGCUCCAGCGGCGUACGUCAUGGCAAGCCCGGCGAUGAAAUGUUUCUUCAGAGACCUUUGGCCGAAGAUUCGCCAACUAUCGAACCAUUAAGGAUAUACAAACGCGACUCAUGCUCCCCAGAAUCCGACAAUCAACAUCCACCUCACAUACACUCCGCUGCCUUUGCUCUUCCUCCCGGCGCAUCGAGCUCACCAGCUCCACUGCCCUACCCAGAUGAUCGUCAACGCUUCCAACCACGGCCUGCCAACGGUCGGACAACAACAAGCGAACAGGGCAGAGUCUCGCCAGCAUACCCUGCUUCGCCUCCUCGCGUGGGUUUUGCAGAACCUGCAAGACCGGGUGUGCCUGAAUACCCGUCUGCGCUACGCCCUCGAGGAGAUGCCCAGUCAAGCUCCAGGUUGGCAGAACGAAGGGCAAACAUACCGAAGCCAUUGCCGGACUCACCGGGACCAGAAGCCCCAGACAAAGAAGGGCUUUUCCAGAGGCUGCCGCAGAGAGACAGAGAAUCGUCAAUAGCGGACGCCCGAAAACCGUCUCAGGCUGAAGUCAAUCCGUACCCCGAUUACUAUCAGCAGUACUGGCCACCUCCAGGAGGGUCUACUUCUGGUGACUCAGCCCCAUCUGGAGGCUUGAAUGUUCCGAACCCUGCCGGUGUGAAUAGACUGAGUUCGACUGCCUCUACGUCGACUACAAAAGCUCAGCGUGGCUCUCCACCUCCCCCCGAAACCCCGAUACUACCACCAGGGGACCCGCUGGGAGGGGGUAUAGAAGCGCGCUACGCUGCGGCAGGCAUCGCAGGUACAUCCACAUUGACAAGCCUGCAAGCUCAGAAUGCAGCUGCCGCACACAGAGCAGCCCAGUACCCCCAGCCUGCGAGAGCGCAAGAGUCGGCAGCGCUGCAGCAGCCAGACCAGACGAGAAGGCCUUGGACACCUACAGAGCAGCCUGGAAGUCAGCCUCAUGGGCCUCCGACGGUAUACCAAGGCCCCGGCCAGGCCUCUGGCUCACCUCCCGUACAAUCGCCGAUCCCUCAAGGGCAAGUUACUUCUCCAUCCUCACAAGUGGGAAGGACUACCGCCUCAGCAGCUCUGGAACAAGAUUUUCAACGAAUGCAUGUCACAUCGUCUCCUCCACCCGCUUACUCGCCAGCUGGAUCCUCCGCCACUGGGACACAAGGUUAUCCCAACGAGAAACAUUCUCAAGCAGUUGGAGGUGACGCCGCGGGAGCGACUGUUGGAGGUGCAGCAGGAGCGGCUGCGGCGGUGAACUCUCGAGCAGAGUCCGGCAAUCAAGGCCACCCAGCAUUCGCCCAUGAUUCUCCUAGACCUCAAGUGGCAACGGCGCUACAGCCACUACAAGCAAGCACUCAAGCCUCUAUACAAGUGCCGACCAAAUCAUCUCCUGCGCCUGCUGGUCCUGGGCCUGCUUCACCUCCACCUCUUCCAGAGGGCUGGAUCCAUCACCUCGAUCCCAACUCAGGCCAGUAUUACUACAUUCAUCUACCUACCCAAUCUACACAGUGGGAGUUUCCCAAGGGGCCAACACCUCUCAAUCUCAAUGAGCCCCUGUCACCAACCGGUAGUGUCAACUUUGGAAAUGCGCUUGCAUCUCCAGGCCUUAGUGCGUUCAGUGGUAAGCCAUUGGCAUCUCCAGGAUUUCAGCCAUCCACACCAGGUUAUCAAGAUAGUAUCAUGAGCAUGCAGUCCUCAACUCCUACCGUAGCAGGCUUUUCCGGACCUCCACCAAGUGCAGGCGUGGAUAUGUACAGGAUUGCGCCUACUAAUGGAGUUUACUUCGGGCCUUACCUAAGGUAUACCAAUAUGGAUCUACAGAGGGGCAUUUGGCUGGGGUCAAUAUUGCUCAUCACCGACGCUCCUCAACCUCCCACUAUACAUAUCCACCAAAGCGUAGAUCUCUCUCCAAACCCCCGCCAACUGAAAGCCAGUCAAAUCUCCGUUCAUCAGCGCUGGACUUUCUAUCGGUAUGAUGUAGAUCUACAGAUGGAGGAGCAUACUAGUGCAAAAUGGACCUAUGCCAUAACUUCUCAUCUUGGCUGCACAAGAUAUGAAUUCUUAGUUGCGGGCCGUAAUGAGACGAACUGGCGAUUCAUUGCGACUUCUGGCAACGACUUCUCGCUCAAUGUCAAUACCAAUGAGCGAGCUCGUGUGGGUGGCAUCGGUCAUAUGUGGAAGGACAUAAUGCAAAAACACGUCGAGUGCGGUGGUUUCCAUACGCAGCUUGGCUUGGGCGAUCAGAUAUAUGCCGAUAGAAUAUGGAAGGAGAUUCCUUUACUGAAGCAAUGGCUAGCAAUGAGUGGCAAAGAGAAUAGAAAGAACGCUCAGUGGACGGCCAAGCACGAAGAAGAUGUCUCACAUGCGUAUUUCCAUUAUUAUACCAGUCAUUUCGACCAGCCAUACUUGCGAGAAGCUUUUGCGCAAAUACCGCACGUUUUGCAGAUUGAUGAUCAUGACAUUUUCGACGGUUUCGGAUCAUACCCUGAAUACAUGCAAUUUUCUAACAUGUUUAAGAAUAUUGGCCGAGUCGGCAUAGAAAUGUACUUGCUUUUCCAGCACCACACCACUCUGGAGAUUCUCCGCAACGUGAGUACGGACACCGAUAUCUUCACCAUUACUGGCACUGGUUGGCAUUUCGUGAAGUACCUUGGGCCUGCAGUCGUCGUCGUGGGUCCGGACUGCCGAUCUGAGAGGAAUCCCCAUCAGGUAAUGGCUGGUCCAACGUACCAGGGCCUCUUCCCGAAAGUCGCAAUGCUACCGCCUAGUGUGCAACAUUGCAUCUGGAUGAUUUCGGUACCAAUCGUGUAUCCAAGACUGGAAGCGGCUGAGCAGAUUGCUCACACCGUUGCAACCGGUAAGAAAGCCGUGACCGGUGCCUACAACCUCUUGGGUAAAGUGACCAGCUCGGCAGCUGGAGUUGUGGGUGCUAAAGGCGUUGUCGGCUCUGGCUUUGACUCUGUGAAGAAGGCUGUCGGCAAGUCUGGUCUCAUGGGCGGGAUAUUGAGUCCAUUCGGCGACAUUGACAUGCUCGAUGAACUGCGCGAUCAAUGGACGCACGAAUCCAAGGAUCUUGAACGCACUUACCUCAUUCGUACCCUUCAGAGUAUAUCCCACCAAAAAUCAAUUCGUAUGACUUUUCUAUCAGGUGCCGUCGAUUGCUGCGGUGCUGGUAUUGUGCACGAUCCGGCAAAACCAUCUGAUCACAAGACCAUGUACCAACUCAUAUCUGCCUCUGUCGUCAACACCCCCCCUCCAUCUUACGUCCUCAAGCUUCUCCACGCCUCCCAGAAACCGCUAUACAUCCCACAGAACGGACACCGCUCGAAUAAUGCGCCGAGCGAUACAAAGGAGGACAUGAUGGAAAUAUUCGCUGCAGAGCCAGAUGGAAGACAGCGAGAUAUGAGGAAGCUAAUGGGCAGGAGGAAUUAUGUGGCAAUUGUGGCUUACGAUCCGGAAGUUGUGACGGGGACCUUCGGACAAACGAACAUGCAUGGCACAGCGACUGGGAAGUUGAGCUUGGCCGUAGAUUUCAUGGUGCAGACCGAUGCAGCGGGGAUGGGGGCGGUGGGGGUGAGUAAAUAUGGGCCUGUCAUUGUGCCUAGUUUGGAAUAUGGCAGAUGA